AUGAUAGUCUUCUCCUAUUCUUUGGACCUGAGCAAAGUUGCCAUGGUGACGAAUUUCGCCAUCAUUCAAGGAGUGUUCCACUUGUCUGGGACCUCUUCCUUGGGCGUUGGCGCCUGCUGGAGCUCCUGUGCCAUUCGUUCCUUUUCCAUCAGUACCGGUAUUGGCCGGAGCCACGUUGUUGGAAGCGCCAGCCUUUAUCGACUUCUUGGACCUGGAGAGCUUGGAAUUGGAAGUCUUGGAAUCGGAGACUUUGGAAUCGGAAAGCUUGGAAUUCGGAUUGGAAUUAGAAGACUUGGACUUGGUCUUUCUUCGCUUCUUCGGUACCUUGCCUUUAGAGUUGGGCGUCCCAGUAACUGAUGUCUCGCUUGGCGUUCCCGAUCCUGGCCUAGUUUUCUUGCCCUUCUUCCUGAAGUAG